AUGUCGGACGCUGGCGAUAGGUCCUCGGCAGCCUUCGCCCUGCUUAGACGACGAGAUACCCGCGAUAACGAAGAAUCGGGCUCCGACGACGCUCGAUCCACCCCUGGAGGCGCAGCAUCUCCCAAGCAGCCUUCUAGGUCUUCGAUCCUACCCAUUUCGCGCACCAUAUCCCACACAAGCAAGCUCUCCUUGAGCAGAACGCCUUCUCAACAACAGCAGCCCCUGCAGCAGCCGCAGCAGCCACAGCAGCAGCAGCAACAACCAUCGCCGCCUGCCAUGAACCCCUCAGCGGUCUCCGCCCAGGACAGGGUCCCUAGUCUCGAGCAGUCUGUUCGCAAGUUCCGUGUUGUCGAGGCCCUGCGCAAUGGCGACACGGCUGCCAUUUCGAAAAUCAUCCGCGACUCAGCUGACAGCGCGCGUCGCACCAGCACUUCCUCCAAUGGCGCCUCUACUGCAGCUGCUCCUACAGCUCUGGAAGACACCACCGUCCUCCACCUCGCCAUCCAGUGCGCCGAAUUUCCCGUUAUUGAAUACAUCCUAUCCGAUGGAGCUGGCAUUGUCGAUGUCAACGCCCGCGACCGCGAUGGAAAUACUCCCCUACACAUUGCUGCCACCCACGGUCGCACCGCUGCCGUCAAGCUUCUCCUCGAGCAAAAGGCCACUAACGAAGCCCUCGUGAACCUGCAGGGCAAGUUUCCCAUUGAUCUCGCCAAAACCCCCGAAAUCUUCCAGGUCCUUCAGCUGUCGCGCUCGCUCUAUACCGACGAGAAAGUACGAGAGGUCCAGGAGCUCAUCGCAAGAGGCGACUACGACGCCCUCGCACAGGUCCUCGAAGAGCCACGCCUUAAGGCUGUGCUCGACAUCAACAGCCCCGAAUUUGUGUCCGAGCCCGUCACUCUAGAGACAGGAGGUACUCUGCUCCACGAAGCGGCUCGCAAAAAGAACAUCGCCCUCAUCCAGGUCCUGCUACUCCAUGGUGCCGACCCCUUUCGCCGUGACCGAAAAGGCAAGCUGGCGCAGUCCAUCUCCCACGACGAUAGUAUCAAGGUCAUCCUCAAAAAGUCACCCGCUGCCGUGGCUGCCCAAAGAGGUAUUCAAGAAAAGGCUGUUUUAGGCCAGGCUGCUACGCAAGGAGCUACCACCGGCGCUGGCGGCGAGCUAGUAGCCGGCAAGGAAGCCCGCGAAAUGAAGGGUUAUUUAAAGAAGUGGACUAAUUACCGCAAGGGAUACCAAUUGCGAUGGUUUGUCCUCGAGGACGGUGUGCUGAGCUACUACAAGCACCAGGAUGAUGCUGGCUCGGCCUGCCGUGGUGCCAUCUACAUGAAAAUUGCUGUUCUGCACAUGAGUCCCGACGAAAAGACCAAAUUUGAAAUCAUUGGGAAGUCCUCAGUCAAGUACACGCUCAAGGCCAACCACGAGGUCGAAGCCAAGCGUUGGUUCUGGGCCCUCAACAACUCGAUCCAGUGGACCAAGGAUCAAGAGAAGGAGGAGCAGAGGCAAAAGGCCAGAAGUGCCGAGCUUCUCCGCCAGGCCAAGGCCGACCCUCAUGCGCUUACGGUCCAGGAAUCACAUAGUGAGAGUGCAAGCAUCUCGGAUCGCCGCCAGAGUAGUUCGCAUUUGCCGACACGUUCAGUCUCAAGCGCUAGGCUCUCCCCACAAAAGAACGAUCUCACAAGAGCUAGUACUACUGGUAGUAUUGACGAGGAAGAUGCAUUUGAAGCUACUACUGACGGCGGAGCAUCGCGCGUUCACGAUGGCGCCGCCAUCAUACCGGGAGAGGAAGACGAUGACGAUUAUGACGACCAUAGCGUGCGCCAAGACCCUGGUGCAACAAAGGAUGCUCUCAACAUCACGGCACAAUCGGCCAAGCUGCAGCUCGAGACCAUGACGGGUGUUCACAACGCUCUGAUGGCUGAGCUAUCACAGCGACCUGCUACCCCGCUCUCCGAUACCAAGGUUACACAGGCUCUUUCAACAUACGAUGCAGCUAUCCGCAGCCUGACGGGUCUUCUUGGCGAUCUUUUGAGGAUAUCCAAGGACCGCGAUGCCUUUUGGAAAUACAAACUCGAGCAAGAGACAAAUAUGCGACAGAUGUGGGAAGAGAGCAUGGCUCAAGUUGCGCGAGAGCAAGAAAUUCUUGAAGCUCGUGUAGAUGAAUCAGAGAAGAAGCGCAAGCUCACCAAGAAAGCUCUACGCGAAGUUAUGGAAGGGGGAACUCCUCUGGAGGGGACGCCGGUGCUGGAAAAAGCACAGGAGGAUGUUCAAAUUGCCCCUACAUCGCCGGGAGGCCGUAGCCUCACACGACAGAAGACGGCGCUCGACCAGAUCGCAGACUUCUCCGAUUCCGAUUCCGACGACGGGGAGGAGUUCUUUGAUGCGGUGGACUCUGGUGAAGUGGAAGUGACUGAGCUUCCCGAGUCACAGCCUACCGAACCGCAAGCCGUUGUUUCGUCUAGCCUGGACCUCAGUCCGUCGUUCAAGGGCUACGAGAAUGGUAUCCGACAUCGACUCAAGAUGGAUGCGGAUGACCGUCCCAAGAUUUCUCUCUGGGGUAUUCUCAAAUCUAUGAUUGGCAAAGAUAUGACCAAGAUGACCUUGCCUGUAUCUUUCAACGAGCCCACGUCGCUGCUGUACCGAUGCGGCGAAGAUAUGGAGUACUCUGACCUUCUUGAUAUGGCGGCGUCCCGGCCCGACUCCUUGGAGCGGCUAAUCUACGUGGCGGCUUUUGCCGCUAGUGAAUACGCUUCGAGUAUUGGUCGUGUAGCAAAGCCGUUUAACCCUCUUCUCGGAGAAACGUUUGAGUACGUUCGUCCCGAUAAGAACUACCGAUUCUUCACAGAGCAGGUCAGCCACCACCCGCCUAUUGGUGCCGCUUGGGCCGAGUCCCCCAACUGGACGUACUGGGGAGAGUCAAAUGUCAAAUCCAAGUUCUAUGGCAAAUCUUUUGAUGUUGCGCACUUGGGUACUUGGUUCCUCAGAAUCAGGCCGACCAACGGUGGCAAGGAGGAUUUCUACUCGUGGAAGAAGGUGACGUCGUCGGUCAUUGGCAUUAUUACCGGCAACCCUACAAUUGACCACUACGGUACCAUGGAAGUGAAGAACUGGACGACUGGAGAGGUUGCGAUCCUUGAGAUGAAGCCGCGCGGGUGGAAGGUUUCAAGCGCAUACCAAGUCGCGGGCAAGGUUAUGGAUGCUGAUGGCGGAGUGCGGUUCAGCAUGGGUGGACGGUGGAACUCGAAACUGUACGCGCGACUGACACCGGGCUACGAAGCCAACCUCGACGCGUCAGGAAAGGGAGGCAACGAUGAGACGUUGCACAACGGUGGAAUGACAGACCCGAGCCGGGCGUACCUGGUGUGGCAGGCGAACGAGCGACCCGGCGGGAUUCCCUUCAACUUGACGCCGUUCGUGCUGACAUUCAACCACAUCGACGACAAGCUGCGGCAGUGGAUUGCGCCGACGGAUUCGCGUCUGAGACCUGAUCAGCGUGCGAUGGAGGAUGGAGAGUAUGACUUUGCAGCGACGGAGAAGAACCGGCUGGAGGAGAACCAGCGAGCGCGCCGGCGGAAGCGGGACGAAACCGGGGAGCACUUUACGCCGGCAUGGUUCAGCAGAGCACGGUGCGAGGUGACAGGGGAGCAGUACUGGCAGUUCAACCACAAGUAUUGGGAGCAGCGCGCAAAGGCCGGGCCGGAUGGCGAUGCGAACGCGUGGGCUGGGCUGGAACCCAUCUUUCAAGAUGCAGAGGAGGCGAAAGAGUAG